AUGAAGAAUACAGGCAAAAGCAAGCAGAAACGUGCCUUCUCGAACGACGUUCCUCCUCCUCUUGCGCAGGGACAUCUGCCUGACGAAUCCCAUCGGACAUUCGGAGGCUCCCCCGUCCAGUCCGAUAACGUGGUUUUGGCCGACGAGCGUAAUAUACUGGCGGGAGAGGUGUCGGCAAUGGAGAAUAAAAAGGCACACUUACAGGAGGAACUGAAGAGACAGCAAAACUCUGGUGACAUCGGAUUGAAAGCUUGUGCCGUUGGCAGUAUGAAAUUCCUUCCCACGGAGGAGCUGGGCGGCAUGUGCGAGAUUCGUAUUGUUGGGAAAGUGCUUGGAGAUAGCGACCUGAAGGCUCUCUACACAUCUAAAGCGCUUACCCGAAUACACAUUUCCAAGUGCAGUGGCGUCUGUGACGUGCAGCUGCUGGCUGGCUUCAAGCAACUACAGGAGCUGCACUUGGAAGUUGAUGGUGAGAUACGGAACAUGACCUCACUCAGUCAACUACCAGAACUGAGAAAGCUAUCANACACAUCUCAAGCGCUUACCCGAAUAAACAUUUCCAAUUGCAGUGGCGUCUGUGACGUGCAGCUUCUAGCUGACUUGAAGCAACUACAGGAGCUGCACUUGGAAGUUGAUGGUGAGAUACGGAACAUGACCUCACUCAGUCAACUACCAGAACUGAGAAAGCUAUCAAUGAGCAACACAAACAUAUAUGAUAGCGAUGUGCGUCACCUGGGUAUCCUCCAAAAAUUGGAGGAACUCUCUCUUCGAAACUGUUCCCGGGUGACAAGCUGUCAGCGUAUCAGUCAACUUCCACUCCUUCGGGUGCUUGAUCUGAGCUUUACCGGAGUAACCGAUGAAGGACUGAUCGACCUCGGUGCGAGUCGCAGUCUUGUUAGGAUUGGACUGUCGAAUUGCAAGCACCUUACAGAUGUGUCUCCUCUCGCAUCUGUGAGCACUCUUGAGGAAGUGGUUCUUCGUGACUCACGAUAUGUGAGGAAUGUCGGGUCCCUUGGCGAGCUGCCCAAACUGCGCGUGCUUGAUUCGUGCAAUACUGCCAUCACAGAUGAUGAACUGAAGUGCCUUUCUGCGAGUCGCAGUCUUGUUCAAAUUGACCUAGAAAACUGCAGAUACUUGACAGACGCAUCUCCUCUUGCGUCCAUCAGUACACUUGAGAAGCUGAACCUUUGUGAUUGUGGAGGUGUGACAACUGUUGGUGCCGUUGGACUGCUUCCUGUGCUGCGUGUGCUUGACUUGGACUCCACUGCCAUCACCGAUGAUGAGCUGCGUAGCCUCUCUGCGAGUCGGAGCCUCGUGACGGUUGACCUUGGAAACUGCGAACGCCUGACCAAUGUGUCUCCUCUUGCAUCCAUCGAGACGCUUGAGUGGAUAGGGCUUUCUGGUUGCAAAGGUGUGACGACCGUUGGUGCCAUUAGCAUGCUUCCUGCGCUGUGUGUGCUUGAGUUGGACUCGCCUGCCAUCACAGAUGAAGACCUUCGUUCCCUUUCCACGUGCCGCAGCCUCGUGAAGUGUAAGUUGGGAAGCUCCAAGUACCUUACAAAUGUGUCUCCUCUCGCAUCCAUCAAGACACUGGAAGAGGUGAACCUACAUUGGUGCAAAGGCGUGACGACUGUUGGUGCCCUUGGCGAGCUGCCUGUCCUGCGCGUGCUUGAAUUGGGCUUCACCUCUGUCACAAGCGAGGGGCUGAAGGGUCUCAGUGCCAGUACAAGCCUCGUGAGGAUAGACCUCCAAAACUGUAGAUGCGUGACGGACGUCUCUCCUCUUGCAUCUAUUGGCACGCUUGAAGAGGUGAACCUACAUUGGUGCAAAGGCGUGACGGCUGUUGGUGCCCUUGGGAUGCUUCCUUUACUUCGCGUGCUUGAUUUGGAAUCCACUCCUGUCACCGAUGAGGGUCUGUGCGGUCUCGGUGCAAGCCAGAGCCUCGUGAAGAUCAAUGCAGCAGAGUGCGAGUGUCUGACAGACGUUUCCUCUCUGACAUUGAUUAAGACCCUUGAGGAGGUGAAUCUGUGCGAUUCUAGAGGGCUGAGGGACGUUGGCGUCAUUGGCACACUGCCUUUGCUACAUUCAUUUAAUUUGGGCUGCACUACAAUCAUCAAUAAGGAUAUAAAUUCUCUCUCUUCGAGUCGAAGCCUCGUGAAAAUGGUUCUUCGAAGCUGUAGGCGCCUGACCGAUGUGUCGUCUCUUGCAUCCAUCAGGACGCUUGAGGAAGUGGUUCUUCGUGGGUGCAGCAAUGUGACGACCUUUAGUGCCCUUGGAGAGUUGCCUGUGCUGCGUGUGCUUGAUUUGACCGCUUCUGGCAUCACAGAUGAGGGGCUCAGCGGCCUGGGUGCGAGUCGCAGUCUUGUGAAGAUUGACCUUACUUUCUGUGAGCGGCUGAGAAAUGUGUCGCAUCUUGCGUCGAUCAGCACACUUGAAGAGGUGAACCUGUUUGGGUGUAGAGGUGUGACGACUGUUGGUGCCCUUGGAAGGCUGCCUGGGCUGCGUGUGCUUGACGGGUAUGACACUGGCAUCACAGAUGAUGGGCUCAGGGGGCUGAGUGCGAGUCGCAGUCUUGUGAAGAUUGAGCUUGCAGAAUGCAAACGUUUCACAGAUGUGUCUCCUCUUGCAUCCAUCGAGACGCUGGAAGAGGUGAGUCUUCGUGAGUGUACAGGUGUGACGACUGUUGGUGCCCUUGGCAGGCUGCCUGGGCUGCGUGUGCUUUCUUUGAAAUCUACUGCCGUCACAGACGAGGAGUUGCAGGGUCUCAGUGCGAGUCGCAGCCUUGUGAAGAUUGGACUCGAAAACUGCAAGCACCUUACAGAUGUGUCUCCUCUCGCAUCCAUUGAGACGCUGGAAGAUGUCGAACUUGGUUUUUGUCCCAUGGUGAGUGGUGUCAAUGCCCUUGGCAGGCUACCUAUGCUGCGUCUGCUUGAUUUAUAUUCUACUCCUGUCAAUGAAGCGGAAUUGACGUCGUUUAGCACGCGGGUAAAAAUACAGAGAUGA